CUCUCUAGAGUCACUCCGACCCGUGCAUUUACCGUUGUUCAUCGAAUGUCUUACCAUUCUCCGGCGCAUGUUGGAUUAAGCAAGCGUUCUAUGUUUGCCGCAAAGGAUAUACUAAGCAAUGUUGAUUAUUUGAAACCUUCGAAAGAUUUGUCGUUAGUAAAAGAGUCUUGCAAUGGCCUUACUGCACUCCACAAUGGCUAUUCGGGGCGGCAUUCGGAUUCUGCGAAUGUUCCCGAAAAUUAUGUAGGCUUCUCAAAUCUUCCGAAUCAGAUAUAUCGGCGAGCUGUUCGUCGCGGUUUCGAGUUUAACCUGAUGGUAGUCGGCGAAUCAGGAUUGGGAAAAUCUACAUUCAUUAAUUCCUUAUUUUUGAGCGAAGUGUACAAUUCAGACUACCCUGGCCCUAGUUAUCGGGUGAAAAGUACUCCCUCAAUUCAGACACAAACGUUUUUACUCAAGGAACAGGGGGUUUUCUUAAAGCUGAGACUGGUAGACACUCCUGGUUUUGGCGACGCCGUUGAUAACACUGACUGUUGGCAGCCGAUUAUCGAUUACAUUGAUGCCCAGUUUGAUGAGUACAUCAGGGGAGAAAGUCGCGUCUCUCGUUCAUCCAACUCUCUUACCGAUCAACGGAUACACGCACUCAUUUAUUUCAUCGCUCCCACAGGUCAUUCUUUGAAACAACUGGAUAUUGAGUUCCUGACUAGGAUCCAGGAUAAAGUGAACGUUAUACCGGUGAUUGCAAAAGCGGACACAUUGACCGUGGAUGAGCUGCAUGGCUUCAAAAGAACCAUCUUGAACGAACUCAACGCUCAUAAAAUCCGUGUGUUCGAAUUUCCCGAUCCACCCGAUUGCAAUGAUCGUGGCAACGAAGAAGAGCCGCUGAAAAUCAAACGGCUACGGGAUCGCAUCCCCUUCGCGGUUGUCGGGGCCAACACUCUGGUGGUGGGUGAGAGUGGCGCUCACAUUCGAGCCCGAUCUUAUCCGUGGGGAGUGGUUGAAGUGGAGAAUAUGGAUCACAAUGACUUCGCUGCUCUGCGUUAUCUUCUACUGACCGCGUUCCUACAGGACUUACGCGAUGUAACCCACUACGUGCACUACGAAAAUUAUCGAAGCACUAAAUUGUGCAACAUUGCGAUGGAAAGUCGCUUCCAGACGCGAGAUGGCAAAGACCCAAUGACUUCCAUGGAAGCGGAGCGAAAGGAACAUAACGCAAAAAUGCGCAAAAUGGAGACAGAAAUGGAGGCGGUUUUUGAGCAAAAGGUUCAAGAAAAAAAUCAAAAACUGCGUGAAUUCGAAAACGAUCUGGUCCGUCGAGGGGAACAAAUGCGCGAGCAAUUGCGGGUUCAGGAACAGGAGCUGGAUACCGCUCGACGUGCUUUUGAGUUGGAGCGCUCAAAUUGGGAACAGACUUGGCGUGAAUGGGAUAUUGGCGCAGAAUUAGGGGCCAAUGGAGUCGGGAUCGGUUUGGGGGAACGUGUAAUGAGCGAAGUGAUAAAAGAACGAGUGAAAACGGAGAAGAAACGCAAGGGUUUAUUCUGAUGGCCAGUUACGUUUUUUGAUCAGUUGUUUUUGCUUUGUUUUGGGUACUUUCUUACGUUAACUGCAAUCUCCUUUCGAAUUUCCUUACCAACAAUUAAGCGCAUUUAGAAGCACAGGGCUUCUCGCUUCUGCAUUUGUACCGACAUUUUUACUCGACAGUUUUUCUUUCCGUCCUUUCUUCCCUUCCCUUACGAAAACGCUGCUUCAAGUCCCCUUCAAUCGGCCACACUUUCCCAUUAUCUAAGUGUACUUAUUGACGUCUUUGUAACAACUGCAAAAGUCAGACAAUUUUGGUGGUUCCACGUUGCUCUCAGAACCGUGAAUUAUUGUGAACUUCUUUACUACGUGGGUGUAUUUAUCCGUCUCUUCCUUUGUUUUAUUACGUUUUUGUCCCGAUCAAGUGAUUUUACUUUCCCAGGAUGCUUUUUUGUCCCGUCUUCCAUAGUGGUGCAGCGACCCAUUACUACUCCUUAUUAAC